CAGCGUUUGAGCUGAUAAAACUCGACGAAGAAAAAAACAUAUAACUUUGAAAAAACACACACUCCCAGCGACUGUUCACUGGAAUAGAAGAAAAAGAAGGGGAAACCUGCAAAUCUGGAGGUGCCGAUCGGAAUCUUUGGUACUAACAUGACCUCAAAGAGCGGUGAAGAUGAGAAAGAGAUCACCACGCCGACUAACGGAACCACCCAUCCGACUAAUGGAAUCAACGGCGGAGCUCCUCACCAGGAUGGACGAGUCCAAAUGAAAAGGGAGGUUGGUCUGGUGCGUGGAGUCGCCCUCAUCGUCGGGGCGAUGAUAGGCUCUGGCAUAUUCAUCUCCCCAAAGGGAAUUCUAGUCGGGACAAACAGCGUUGGGAUGAGCCUGGUGUUGUGGAUAUUUUGUGCCAUAAUUUCAGGGUUAGGGUCGUUAUGUUAUGCCGAGCUCGGAGCCCUCUUCCCCACCUCAGGUGGUACCUACAUCUACACGCUGUACGCAUUUGGAAACCUUAUGGGUUUCUUAGUGGUUUGGAUGACGACAAUCAUCACAAUACCUUCUUCAGUUGCUCUUUUGGCUAUUACGUUUGGUACCUACGUAGUUGAUUACGUCAUUCCAGGUGACUGUGCGCCCCCAGCGACAGCUGUGAAACUAUUUGCAAUACUGACCGUCAUGCUGAUUGUGUUCAUAAACUGCAUGAGUGUCAAGGUCGCCAGUGGCUUGCCAAUCUUCUUCUCUGGGGCAAAGGUCAUGGCACUCGUCAUCAUCAUCGUCGCAGGAACUGUUAAUUUAUGCAAAGGUGAAACACGGUAUUUGAAUCCGUCUGAGGCAUUCUCUGGAACUUCGACUGAUAUCGGAGGCUAUGGCACUGCACUCUAUCAUGGCUUCUGGGCAUAUAGUGGAUGGCAAAUUCUCAACAAUCUUUCGGAGGAAAUUAUCAAACCCCAAAGAAAUAUUCCUCUGGCUAUUAUAAUUGCUGUGCCAAUGGUAACGGUGAUAUAUCUUUUGACCAACAUCGCAUACUUCACUGUAAUCUCGCCCGUAGAGCUGUUAGCUUCUAGCGCUGUGGCAGUGACGUUUUCUGAGCGAUGUUUGGGCAUUAUGGCGUGGCUGAUUCCGCUGGGUGUUUGCUUAUCAACCUUCGGCAGUCUCAUUGGGGCGCUUUUAUCAGCUCCAAGAAUAACCUUUGCUGCCGGAAGAGAAGGUCAUAUGAUCAAGGUCAUGUCAAUGGUCAAUGUCAAGAGAUUGACCCCACUUCCGGCAAUCGUUCUACAGGGAUCAAUAGGUAUCUUGCUUAUAGUUAUAGGAGACUUCAAUUCCAUCAUCAAAUUUUCUGGUUUGAUAUCUUGGCUGUUUGAUGGCGCUGCAUUUUGCUCUCUGUUGGUGUUACGUCACAAGUACCCGGAUAGACCGAGACCUUUCAAGGUGAACAUUCUGGUGCCAAUCAUUGCUAUUCUUGCCUCAGUGUUCAUGAUAUUGGUGCCUCUUAUCACCCAACCAACACUGGAAUACCUCUACGCUUUACUAGUAGUCGCAAUCGGCAUUGGUGUCUACUUUGUCUUUGUCUCAGGGAAGCGGCAACUCCCAUUCAUGAAUCAGUUCACGUUGUUCAAUCAGAAGCUAUUCCUUUUGAGCCCAUCGACCCACUUAGAACGAAAUCAACAUCAUUCAUAGAUCUUCAGUCUCAAGCUUUGAUGUUUCUGAUCAGCAGAGUACUUGUUCGAGUCCAUGGCCCAAUUUCAUAGA